CAUAAAAGGCCAGCCCACAGUCUAUUCAUAACAGCACUGGCAGAGUAAAGCCACGUAGAGGCACACUGGCAAGUGAGAACAGCAAUGCCGAACUUCAAAUUUCUGAAUUAAAGAGAAAUUUAUAAAUUGGGCAGAAUCCGAAAGCUAGGGUUCUCUCUAUAAGAGAUUUUGUUUGCAUUAUCUUCGAUAUCUUCUAGGCUUUAGAUUUGUAUAGAGAUGGCUUCUGCAAGUAAUGGGUUUGAAGCAAAGCUAAGAGAUGUUGGGAAUAGGCUUCUGCACCCUCCAUCUUCUGCUGAUAAACUCUUGCCUCUUCUUGAAAAGGCUGAGUCUUAUUUGGCAAAGGUGGAACAACAACCAUGUAUGUCAACAAAGAUUGCACUUUCACCUCUCAUGGAAGCAUUGGUCACAGAUCAAAUCUUGAAGCAUGGAAAUUGUGUUGUCAAAGUGUCAGCUGUUGCCUGCAUAAGUGAGAUCACAAGGAUAACGGCACCAGAUGCUCCUUACAAUGAUAAUCAAAUGACGGAAAUUUUCCAGUUGACUGUAGCAUCAUUUGAGAACUUGUCUGAUACGACGAGUCCUUGUUAUUCCAAGGCCAUUUUGAUUCUUAAGAGUGUUGCAACCUACAGAUGGUGCCUGGUGAUGCUGGACCUUGAAUGUGACCAAAUAAUUAUUGAUAUGUUCCAACUUUUUCUAAAUGUCAUUAGGUCUGACCACCCAGAAGAAGUAUUUUCAGCCAUGGAGACUAUUAUGACUCUGGUCAUGGAUGAAAGUGAAUAUGUUCUGGUUGAGCUUGUUAGUCCCAUUCUAGCUACUGUGAGAAAGGAUAAUAAGGCAAUAAUCAUCUUUUGCAUGAUUUUAUUUAGUUCAUUUUUAACUUCAUAAUAUUUAUUGACAUGUUUUGUUGUUUGUUCAGAAUGUUUCACCUAUUUGUUGGAGGUUGGGAGAGAAAGUUAUAACCAACUGUGCAGACAAGCUUAGGCCCUAUCUCAUUGAAGUGGUAAAAUGCCUGGGAACUCGUUUAAGUGAUUAUGCUCCAGCGGUUGCUACCAUUUACCAAAAUGAAUCUAAUACCCGACAAAAUAAUCUCAAUGACAGUGGUUCACGGGAACAUUUGGUGAGUUUUUCAUAGUUUUUUGUUUCACUUCCAGUGCACGAAUUUGGACUAGGUUGCAUCUAUUAGCUCCAUCACUAAUAGAUUUAUGUUUCCCAUAAUCUUGUACAUCUAUAUUAAUUCUAUCUUAUGUGAAGAAGUCAUGUUCAACGACUUGUACAUGCUUUUGACUACUGUUAGUUUAUCGACUACUAUAUAAAAAAGUUUUAGUGGGUGCAAAUUCAGUCAUGUUUUUAGACUAGAUCUUUUAAUUGGCAUGCAUCCAGCUACCUGAGGCUGCACAGUACUACCACAGAAGACAACAGAUUUUAACAAUGUGCAUUUACUCAUUCUCAAUUACAUUUUCUGAAAUAACUUAAGUUUAACAUCUUUGAUAGGAAAACAAUUUUUCGUUGAACAGGAGGCUAAAAUGUACUCGGAAGAUAUCGUCUGUCCUAGAGAAGUUGGUCCAUCUGGGGAAGAAUCUUUGAAGUCAAUGAUCAGCAAUGAUGCUUCUCAGACGAAGAAUGACACUUUUAUAGACGGGAAUCCUUUGAAUAGAUUAGAUCAACAUUCUACUAAGAAGCUUCUUGUAGAAACUACUGACAAACCUGUCAGCAUACCCCCGAAACGGAGUUGGAAACCUUAUUUUUUGGUGAAUCCAGAGGAAGGCUAUGAUUAUUGUUGGAUUGGGAGGAGGAAAAGGGCUAAUCCAAGGAAAAUAAUUACAGAAGCACCAUCAAUUUGAACAAAUCCCCCAUACAGUUGUAUCACUUAAAGUAAUUUUGAAGACAAAGUACUGAAAAAUCUAGUUUUACAGCAUAGUCUGGGAAUGAUUUUGUGUAUUCUACUAUAAUUCCUACAUCACUUUAGAAUGUAAAGGAUUUUUGGGAGACAUUGGUUGAUUGGAAGAAAAAAGUUUGGUGG